AUGACCUCCGUUUCAGAUGAUAGACAGAGGACUUCAGAAUCAAAGCCAUACUGUUAUCGUUGUGGAGACCCAAGACACUUUGUGAAUAAGUGCAUUCUCAACGGCAGUGUAUGUUUUAAAUGCCAGAAGCCCGAACAUUUAGCUAGGGAUUGCAAAGAACCAAAGGCAGAAGCCUCACUGAAUGCAACUGAAGUCACACGCCCAACAACUCAAGGACGAGUUUACAAUAUAAAUGGUCAAGGGACGUCUCGUCCGAAUGAAUCCUUCCAAGGGGAGUGUGAAAUCUCAGGUAAUAUUCUAACCGUUCUUUUUGACUCUGGUGCAACACAUUCAUUUAUCUCUAUGGACUGUGUGAAGCUAUUGGAAUUGCAUGUCACAACCUUAUUGUUUGAUUUGUCUGUUACCACUGCUGCUGAUAAUACUUUAAUUGCAAAUACGGCAUGUAUGCAUUGUCCUAUAGUUGUGUUGAGUAGGAAGUUUAAUGUGAAUCUCAUUUGUCUACCUCUUAAGAACCUCGACGUUAUCCUUGGUAUGGAUUGGUUGUCACACCAUUAUAUUUUAUUAGAUUGUGGUCGUAAGACUGUAAUUUUUCCCGACCCUGAGCUUUCUAAACUCUUAGCCGCGCACGAAAUCAAGGUUGCUCUUAAGGAGGGUGAUAUGGAGAUUUUGUCCCUGGCUAGUAUGGGAGUUACUCGUGAUGUCAAGAUAAAGGAUAUACUAGUGGUUAGAGAUUUCUUCGACGUGUUUCCGAUUGAUGUACCAUGA